AUGGCUGCCGCCGAAAGUCUGAAAUGCUUUCGAUGUAAUUUGCCGAAGAAAACUAAACAAGUUCCGAUCUUAAAAGAUGUUACUGCUGAAUUAUUUCAAAAGGAACUUUAUCCUAAGAGAAGACCAGUUGUGUUAAGAGGUUUUGAUAUUGGGGAUUGUGUUGAAAAAUGGACUACAGAAUACCUGAUUGCCAAUGCAGGAAACAAACAAGUGAAUGUCCAUGUGUCUUCUACUCAUCAAAUGGAUUUUAUUAACAAAAACUUUCUAUAUAGGACACUUCCAUUUGGAGAAUUAGUAAAGAGAGCUUCCAAAGAAAUAAAUGAAGAUUAUUUUAUUAGUCCAGAUGAAAAAUAUUAUUUGCGUUCCUUGGGAGAUGAUCCUCGAAAAUCUGUAGCUGAUGUCCGCCAGCAGUUUCCUCAUUUAAUGAAGGACUUGAACAUACCACCAUUAUUCCCUGCCGAAAAUUUCUUUUCAAGUGUCUUCCGAAUAGCUUCCAAGUCCUGUCAGCUUUGGACACACUAUGAUGUUAUGGAUAACAUAUUAAUGCAAAUACGAGGUCAUAAAAAAGUGGUUUUAUUUAGUCCACAAGAUGCUCACUUUUUGUAUCUUAAAGGAGAUAAAUCUGAAGUUUUAGAUAUUGAUGACGUAAAUACACAAAACUUUCCACUGUUUACCAAUGCCACACGCUAUGAAUGUUUGUUAGAGCCAGGAGAUAUCAUUUUUAUUCCAGCUUUGUGGUUCCAUAAUGUGAUUUCUGAAGAAUUUGGAGUUGCAGUUAAUGUGUUCUGGAAACACUUGGAUUCAAGCUUGUACUGUCAGAAAGACCCAUAUGGUAAUAAAGAUCCAGUGGCAGUGAUCAGUGCCUUUCAGAUUGUGGAUAGGGCAGUUAAAGCUCUUGAAUGUCUGCCAAAGGAAUACCAGGAUUUUUAUGGCCGUAUGCUGGUGUCACGAAUUGAAAAAAAAUGUUAUCUGAAGGACUUAGAAGAAAAUGAAUUUACUAAUAAAGAUGAUUGCUGCGAAAGUUGA